AUAUAAACAGGGGGCAAAGCCUUUCAGAGUUGGGUGACCCUAUUUUGACUGUGGUGAACAGGAUCUGAUCCCAAGGAUUGUUACCUCUUUCUUGUCUGCUGUGAAGUGUUAGAAAGCAAUCAUGCCUUUCGGUAACACCCACAACAACUUCAAACUCAACUACAAGGUUGAGGAUGAGUUCCCCGAUCUGUCCAAGCACAACAACCAUAUGGCAAAGGUGCUGACCAAGGAACUGUACGGCAAGAUUAGAGACAGGCAGACACCUAGUGGCUACACCCUGGAUGAUGUCAUCCAGACUGGUGUCGACAACCCCGGUCACCCCUUCAUCAUGACUGUUGGCUGCGUUGCUGGUGAUGAGGAGUCCUACGAGGUCUUCAAGGAUCUGUUGGACCCCAUCAUCUCAGACCGUCAUGGUGGAUACAAGCCCACUGACAAGCACGUGACAGACCUGAACUUCGAGAACCUGAAGGGUGGUGACGACCUGGACCCCGCCUACGUUCUGUCCAGCCGUGUGCGUACUGGCCGCAGCAUCAAGGGCUUCACCCUGCCCCCCCACAACAGCCGUGGCGAGCGCAGAGGCAUUGAGAAGCUGUCCGUUGAGGCUCUGACCAGCCUGGAUGGCGAGUUCAAGGGAAAAUACUACCCCCUGAAGUCCAUGACUGAUGCCGAGCAGGACCAGCUGAUCAACGAUCACUUCCUGUUCGACAAGCCCGUCUCUCCCCUGCUGACCUGCGCUGGAAUGGCCCGUGACUGGCCCGACGGCAGAGGCAUCAUGCACAACGACAACAAGACCUUCCUGGUCUGGGUGAACGAGGAGGAUCACCUGCGUGUCAUCUCCAUGCAGCAGGGCGGCAACAUGAGGGAGGUCUUCAAGCGCUUCUGCGUUGGCCUGAAGAAGAUUGAGGAGAUCUUCAAGAAGCACGGACACGGCUUCAUGUGGAACGAGCAUCUCGGCUACAUCCUGACCUGCCCAUCCAACCUGGGAACCGGCCUGCGUGGUGGAGUCCACGUCAAGCUCCCCAAGCUGAGCGUACACGCCAAGUUCGACGAGAUCCUCGGCAGGCUGCGUCUGCAGAAGCGCGGCACAGGUGGUGUGGACACAGCCUCCGUGGGUGGUGUGUUCGACAUCUCCAACGCUGACCGUCUGGGCUCCUCCGAGGUGGCCCAGGUGCAGCUGGUGGUUGAUGGUGUCAAGCUGAUGGUUGAGAUGGAGAAGAAGCUGGAGAAGGGAGAGGCUAUCGACAGCAUGAUCCCCGCCCAGAAGUAAAGAGGGACAAUCUUGCAUUUACCUCACGACCAUUCAUGUGCAAUGGAACCAGCUGACGGGCGUGCAGAGGAGACAGAAGCUCACCAGAGACUAUUGACUCUGCUCGCCUGUGUCUUCCUUCCAGCUGUUUGGUUCCUCUGCUAUCCUUCUUUUUGUUCUCGUCCUCCUGUGUUGGUUGGUAACAUCCUGGGAUCAGCCUCCACUGAGCUGGGCUCGCCUAGCAGACGUGGUAUCAUCUACUUUUUCUUAUGAAAAGUAAUGAUUAUUGACGCUGUUCAUAUUGCUCAAUAAAAAAAAGUACCCCAUGAAACAACUAAA